AAAUGGAAAGUUGUAAAAGCAGAAGACACAUUUGCAACAAAUUGAAGCCAACCAUCAUCAGCUCUCGUGAUGUGUCACUCACAUUCGCUGGUGACCGGGCCAAUGGCAGCAAAUCCCCUUGCCACGCUCGCCAUCGCGGUGUUCUUGAUCUGCCUUCUUCUCCCCACUUCGUCUUCUUCGUCAUCGAUUUGUGUCGCGAGGACGCAGGACCACGUGAGAACGGCGUUCCACUUCCAGCCCGCCAAGAACUGGCAGAACGAUCCGAAUGGGCCCGUGUACUACAACGGCAUGUACCACCUGUUCUACCAGUACAACCCGCACGGCGCGCUCUGGGACGUGGGCAACCUCUCAUGGGGCGACUCCGUCUCCGGCGACCUCGUGAACUGGGCGGCACUCGGCAACGCGCUCGACCCGACGGCGCCAUUCGACGCCAACGGCUGCGCGUCAGGGUCUGUCACCAUCCUUCCCGACGGCACGCCGGCGAUCCUCUACUCCGGCAUCGACGCGGACCGCCGGCAGGUCCAGAACGUCGCGUUCCCCAAGAACCCGCGCGACCCGCUCCUCCGCGAGUGGGCCAAGCCCGCCUACAACCCCGUCGUCCCGCUCCCCGCCGACGUGUCGGCGAACGACUUCCGGGACCCCACCACGGCGUGGGUCGGCCGGGACGGGCUGUGGCGGUUCGCCAUCUCCGCGGUGGCCGACGGCGUGGGCGCCACGCUCGUGUACCGCAGCGCGGACUUCCUGCGAUGGGAGAGGCGCGCUGCGCCGCUCCAUGCGUCUCAGGACGCCGUGAUGGCCGAGUGCCCGGACCUGUUCCCCGUGGCGGCGCGCGGCGCGGAGGGGCUGGACGCGUCGGCGCGCGGCGCUGGUGUGCGGCACGUCCUCAAGGUGAGCAUGCCGGACACGCUGGAGGACUACUACGCGGUCGGGACGUACGACGACGCGGCGGACACGUUCACGCCGGACGAGGACUGCGGCGGCGGCGACUACCGCAGGUGGCGGAGGAUCGACCGCGGACACCUGUACGCGUCCAAGACAUUCUUGGACGCGCGCAGGAUGCGGCGGGUGCUGUGGGCGUGGGUGAACGAGUCCGACAGCGAGGCCGACGACGUCGCCCGGGGCUGGUCCGGCCUGCAGUCGUUCCCGCGGGCGCUGUGGCUGGACGGCGGCGGGAAGCAGCUGGUGCAGUGGCCCGUGGAGGAGAUCGAGACGCUGAGGACGAGGCGCGCGGCGCCGCUGCAGGAGGUGGAGCCCGGCGGCGGGGUGCGCGAGGUCACCGGCAUCGUGAGCUCGCAGGCGGACGUGGACGUGGUGUUCGAGAUCCCGAGCCUCCGGCGGGCCGAGGGACUGGACCCCGGCCGGCUGCAUGACCCCGACGCGCUGUGCCGGGAGAAGGGCGGCUCCCUGACAGGCGGAGUCGGCCCGUUCGGGCUGCUGGUGAUGGCCUCCGGAGACAUGCGCGAGCACACCGCCGUGUUCUUCAGGGUUUUCAGGAUCCUGCACGAGUACGCUGUUCUCAUGUGCACGGACCUCAGCAGGUCCUCCACGAAGGCAGGCGUGUACAAGCCAACGCAUGGAGGGUUCGUCGACGUGGACAUCGAGAAAGACAUGAGCAUAUCGUUAAGAACAUUGAUCGAUCACUCGAUCGUGGAGAGCUUCGGCGGCGGCGGGAGGACGUGCAUGACGGCUAGAGUGUACCCCGAGCACGUUGCAGCAGGCAGCAGCAGCCACCUAUACGUGUUCAACAAUGGGUCAGCUGCAGUGAAGGUGUCCAAGCUCGAGGCAUGGGAGCUUGCCAGUGCGAGUGUCAAUGUUGACGACGAUGGCGGUCUGAUGGCUGGUGGAUCGUUCGCGAACAUGUGCCGCGCUGAGGAGUACAAUUCUAGCUAGGUUAAAAAACUGAACGGGCAUGGAUUUGUGCUAUUUAUGAUCCAUGACCCAAGAUAAGUCGAGCGUGGCUUGUGGUAGUGUUUGGAUGAAGGUAUGAAGAAGGAUGAAGAGGAAUGGGAUGAGAUCAAUCUAACUUGACCUGUGUUUGGUUGGAGGUCCAGAGUCGAUCGGGAUCAAGAAAUAUUCUUCAAAAAUGGUGGAUGAGGUCAUCUCUCAAAAAAUAAGGGACAGAGUUAGCCUAGGGUUGAUCCCGUCCUAUCUCUCGUUGACAUCGAACCAAACACUAGUUAGUACUAUUCUGUGUUGUAUGGAGUGUGCUUGAUGUUGUUUUGACCAAUAAGCCUGCCAAAAAAUGAAACAAUAUGAUGUUGUGGGUGAGAUUUAGUAGGGCUGUGAAGUAAAAAUAAUGAUAUAAUGGAAUCUUAAGUCUA